AUGCAAUCAUUGUGUCGAACAAAGUAUCUUUAUCAUGCUGAUGUCCUUCGAAGAAGUAGCAAGAUAGUCUCCUCCAACAUUGUUAGCAAUAAUAAUAGAGCAUAUUGUUCAGUUUCCAAUAAUGUUGUGUCGACACCUACAAGAGGCAAGGAUAGACAGAGUUGUAAAUUGGUGGAGGGCGAUAGAUUGCAUGGAUACAAGGUGGUCAAGAUUGAGGAUGUUCCCGAGCGCCAGUUCAGGACUUAUCGUCUGCUGCACGAGAAGACAGGCGCACAACACCUUCACAUCGACUGCGAGGACAAGAACAACGUGUUCUCUGUGACAUUCAAGACGACGCCACACGACUCAACAGGCGUGGCCCACAUUCUCGAGCAUACAACACUGUGUGGCUCGAAGCGAUAUCCCGUGCGCGACCCAUUCUUCAACAUGCUGAAGCGAUCACUCAACACGUACAUGAACGCGUGGACGGCGCCCGAUCACACGUCCUACCCCUUUGGCACACAAGACCCCAAGGACUACUACAACUUGCUGUCUGUCUACCUGGACGCCACGUUCUUCCCGCUGCUCAGCGAGUCGGACUUCCGCCAGGAGGGCCAUCGUCUCGAGUUUGAGGUGCUGGACCAGCCAUCGUCCGCGCUCAAGUUCAAGGGUAUCGUGUUCAACGAGAUGAAGGGCGCGCUGUCCGACCCGUCGUCCUUCUUCUCCGAGGUCGCCCAACAGAACCUCUAUCCCUCGACGACUUACGCACACAACUCUGGUGGUGAGCCCGUCGACAUCCCAUCGCUCACGUACGAGCAGCUCAAAGACUUCCACACCACAUACUACCAUCCGUCCAACGCAUACUUCUUCACCUAUGGCGACAUGCCUCUCGAGAAGCAUCUCGAGUACAUCCAACAGAACUCGCUCGCACACUUCACCGAGAUGAAGUCCAUCCCAAGCGAGGUCAACAAGGUCCCUCGCUGGUCCGAGCCCAAGUCCAUCGAUGUCAAGUGUCUCCCAUCUGCAAUGGAGGUGAAUGACAGAAAGUACAAGUACAGCAUAUCGAUAUUGCACAAGGAUAAUGGCGACCCAUUCGAGAGCUUGUCAAUGCAUGUUUUGGCCAACUUGUUGAUUAGGGGCUCAAACAGCCCAAUGUAUCAGGCAUUGCUGGUCUCUGGUCUGGCCACUGACUACACACCUAACACAGGAUUCGACGACAACUUUAGAGAGAGCUCAUUCUCUGUUGGCGCAUCGGGAGUGCGCCAGGAGGAUAUGGCUAAAGUGGAGAAGACAAUCUUUGAGACGAUCGAGAAGUCCAUCAAGGAGGGCUUCGAGCCAAAGAUGAUCGAGUCCAUCCUGCAUCAAUAUGAGUUUGGUCAGAAGGAUGUGUCGGCUCAGCUCGGACUGCGCCUGGCGGGCGGUCUCCAGUCAACAUGGAUCCAUGGUGGCGACCCCGUCCGUCGUCUGUUCCUCAAUGAGCAGGUGGCUCGUCUGCGAAAAGAGAUCGCAGCCGGCCCAUUCUUCCAGAACAGACUGCAACAGUUGCUGAACAACCCUCAUCGCCUCGUGAUCAAGAUGUCUCCUGACGAGGAGAUGCAGGCACGCGAGACAGCGCAGGAGGAGAAGAAGCUGGCCGAGAUCAAGAGCGCGCUCACUCAACAAGACGUUGAGAAGAUCGUGCAGCAGGCAAAGGACCUGCAGCAGCGCCAGAACCAGCAGCAGGACGUCAGCUGCCUGCCCAAGCUCAACAUCAGCGACAUUGAGAAGCAUCAAGAGAAGAUCGUCUUCCGCGACACUGAGCUCGGCGCCGACAGCACACCCCUGCGCAUCCUGGACUACCCCACCAACGGCAUCACAUACUUCCGCUCGCUGAUCGAUAUCUCCACACUGCCAGAGGACCUCAAGAUGUACGUGCCUCUGUUCUGCAGUCUGUUUGAGUCGAUGGGCGCCGCAGAGUUUGAUUACAAGCAGUUGGACACAGAGAUACACUUGUACACUGGCAAGCUCAGUCUGUCGCCAAUGAUCACCACGUCGCCAUUCGACCUGGGAAAGGCUUCAGAGCGAAUCUACAUGCGUGGUGCCGCAAUCAACAGGAACAUCGAGAAGAUGUUCACGCUGCUGAGCAAGCUGAUGCUGGAGAACAAGUGGAACAACCCAGAUCUGCUGAAGAACCUGCUGGGCCAGAUUCAGUCGUCGAUGAUCGAGGGCAUCCCCUCGGGCGGACUGUCAUACGCUCGCACCAACUCCUCGUCACACUUCUCACGCGCCAAUCAGCUGAGCGAGAAGUGGAACGGUCUCACACACGUCAACUUCACCAAUGACAUCAUCGCCAAGAAUGACCUGGGCGCGAUCAUCGACAAACUGAUGGCCAUCAACAAGUUCAUACUGGAUCGCUCAUUGAUGAAGUGCAGUAUCACCACUGAGAAGGACACGAUCGACGCGGCCACUCAACACCUGUCCGCAUACCUGGGUAACUUCUCGUCAAAUGGCACACGCACACAAGUCAAUCCAAUGGCUCCCGCCAUCGAUGGUACGGGCUUGCCAACAUACUUUGCCAUCCCCGCCACAGUCAACUAUAUUUCAAAGGCUUACAAUGGCGUCAACUACGUCGACCCCGACUCGGCACCCCUAGAGGUGCUGUCCAAGGUGUUGUCCGAGUACCUUCACAAGGAGAUCAGAGAGAAGGGUGGCGCAUACGGAGGCGGCGCCUCCUUUGGCGGCGGCAUCAUUGGCUUCUACUCAUACCGCGAUCCCAAUCUGACCAAGACGCUCAACGCAUUUGCAGAGUCGAUCAAAUGGUCGCAGGACAAGAUCACACAGGAGCUUAUUGAGAAUGCACAACUGUCCAUCUUCUCCGACUUUGACUCGCCCGAGUCCCCAUCGAACAAGGGUGUGGGCGAGUGGAUGCGUGGCAUCACACAUCAGAUGAAGCAAGAGCGUCGCGAUCGUCUGCUGGGCAUCACAAAGGAGCAACUGGAACAAGUAUCCAAUCGCUACCUCAACACCGACCGCAUAUCAUACACCACCGUGCUUGGAAAGCAUGACACAGAUAUAUCAUCAAACAAAGAUUGGAGCUACAAGGAGCUUCAUUAG